AUGUUACUCUGGUUGAUCGGUGUAUCUGUCUCUGUGUAUCUCGGGGCGGUUUUCGGAUCGAAUGUCCAAACGAUCAAUGACGAGAAUUACGACGAGUUCAUGAAAAACAACGGUAAGGUGUUUCUGAUGUACUUCAGGAAGCCGCACAGCUACUGUUCUCUGAUAAGACCCCGCUUCGAAGAGGCGGCUGCCUCCGGACCGGAAGACGUACAAUUUGCGAAGAUCGACUGUUCGGGUACGGGUAAAAACACUUGUAAGAGUUAUAACGUCUUCGGAAACCCUGACUUCCUGUUUUUUAAAAACGGCAUUAACGUCGGAGAGCACAGAGAAGAGAGGGAAAAACGGGCAUUCCUCAAGUUCAUUGAUGAAAUGCUGUUAAACAAUGUCCACAAGUUCGAAACGACUGACGAAUUGGAAAACUAUUUCGACGACAAUUCUGAUAAAACGACUGCUGUCGGGUUUUUCGAUGGCGAUGCUCCACUGAAAGAACCCUUCUUGAGAGUCGCCGAUAAACUUAGGCAAAGGCUGAAUUUUGCGAUCGUCGCGUCGUCUCAAGCAAAUGAUUCAUUCAACUCUGUUUCUCUUUAUCAGCCGAAAAUGUUCAGAAACAGCUUGGAACCAAAUUUUGUUAAUUACGAGGGAGAAAAUAACGAAUACGCUCUAGAAGAAUGGAUUAAAGAAAACCAACACGGGACCUUACGCUAUAGGAGAGUCAAGAACGACUGGCAGUUCAAAGACAGCAAACCCAAAGUAAUGACCUACUUCAGAAUCGAUUUUUCUAACAAAGAUAAAUAUUCUCUUUACUUGAGGAAUCGAAUCCUCCAAGUUGCACAGAAAUUCAAAGAUCAUUUUCAUUUUUACCUGAGCUCGAUGGCAGAGUAUCCUCAGGAGCUGCUAUACUACGGCUUUCAAGAAGAUCUGAAAGCAAACCGUCCGUUUGUGACGGUUAAGUUCAACAACAGGAAAUACGUCAUGAACGACACCUUUUCUGUCGAAAAAAUGUCGGGUUUUUUGGAAGACCUCCUUGAGGAAAGACUUGAACCGUUCGUCCUUUCGGAAGAAGUCCCACAGGCAUCGGACGGCCUGGUAAAACAGGUUGUGGGGAAAAAUAUCGAACAGGUACUGGCUUCGGAAAAUCGAGAUGUCAUGAUAAUGUUCUACGCCCCUUGGUGCUCGUUGAGCAAAAGGAUGAGCGAUAAACUGAGUUUAUUGGCGGAAAAGCUUAUCGACGAAGACAUCGUCGUCAUGAAGAUGGACGCCGUCAGCAACGACGUUCCUUAUUCUUUUGACGUUUCAGAUUUUCCGACAACUUACUGGAUUCCAAAAUACAAGAAACACGAAAAAAUUCUCUACAAAGGAGGAUCGGAUCUAAACUCUCUCUUGAGAUUCAUUGGAGGACAUGCGUCUGAAGAGCUCAAAAAUUACGGAAGAACUGGCCAACCCAGGAGCAAGGAAGAUCUUUAA